UUCAGACUCACACAGAGGUGUUCCCUCUCAGUCAUCACGUAUGACUCACUAUAAGUGUGUGGGAGUGUAUUUUCCUGCAGAGACUCUGCUCUCUGCCUGGAUUUUUUCAUUUUCUGUGCUCAGGACAUUAAUGGGCGUGUACCCCCACCGUACUCAGGUGAUGCCAGGGCUUGAUAAAAAGGUAGUGACCAUAUGUCAGACUGAAAUCAGCAGGUCUCCAAACAGGAGAGUGAAUCUGGGGUUGGCUUGUACUUUCACUUUCGGUUACCACAAACAAUAACCCCCCCCAAAACUCACACAAACGCAGACGCACACAGACACGCACACCCCCUUGGGUUCCGCCCUUAUAGUCAGAUGGUAUUCAUAGUCUACCCUACCUCGUCCAGUUGUCUUGAACACGUCGUGUCCUCCUGUAAAACUUCAGAAUGAGCUGUUGAUCAUCAGUCUGCCUCGGGCUGCUCCUUGAGCCAUGAAACCACUGUCGGACACUGAAUUACUAGCUUUCCAAACCGCUUAUAGAUUUACAAGAGCUCUGUGUCGGUGUUUUUGCGUCUUUGCCAUGCCUGGACGUCUUUUCCUGGUCGCCGCCAUGCUGUCUUGUUGCGCGGGAGACGUCCAGAAGGUGAGUGCACCAGUGAAGAUCCUGACCUUUACUGGCCAAACGGUCAUCCUGCCCUGCCACAUCAAUGUCAGUAAUGGUGACUUCCCAACAGUGGAGUGGUUCCACAUAAGUGCGGAUCAAAAGAUCGCCCUCGUGUACCGGCAGGGCUGUGAGACCUUUGCGGAGAAGGACCCGGCCUUCCACUUCAGGACAAACCUCUUCAUGAAUGAGCUGAAAAAUGGGAACAUCUCGUUGAGGCUUUCCAACGUGCAGCUCUCUGAUGCAGGAACAUUCAUAUGCAAGAUGAUCUGGAGUGCGCCCCAGGAGAUCGUUAGAAUAGAGCUUGUUGUUGCUGCAGUUUCGGAGCCAAAACUCUCAAUGGUUUUAGAUGCAGGUGAUGACGUGACUCUGCAGUGUGAGGCGAGCUGCUUGUCCCCGCAGCCUGAGAUAACAUUUGUUGAUGCUCAGGGACAGAGCAUCAUUGCUGAAGACCCACAGAUUGAUGAAGAUUCCAGAACGCGGUGUUUCACAGCUACAAGGAGAGCGACUGUGCGGACUGCCAACAGGGUCACCUGCAGAGUUCACCUGCCUGAAAUAAACGAGACGAGGCACAAAGAGAUUCAUGUACCAGAUGGCUGCUUCAAGAGAACAGAGAGAGAGGGCACCUCCUGCACUGCAUUAAUUAUCAUCGCUGUUCUACUAACCACAGUUGUAACUGGAUCAAUCUCAUGUGCAUUAACUUCCCUCCUGUGGAAGAAAUAUGGCGACUCUGUGGGGAGAAGGAAAAUGCGGUUAUCACAAUCAUCACAACAGAGUUCAACACGCAGCAAUGCAGAUGGUCACAACACAAGAAACCAGGCUGAUCCCACUGGAAAUGCCACCACUGAGCAUCUGAGAAGAAUCAGUGAACUGGAGUCGUCUCUUCGUGACAAAGAGGAAAUCAUCUGCCAACUAACUGAAGAACUCAAGGACCUUAGAUCUAAGCGGGGUCCUGUUGUGUGCCAGCAUGACCAACCUACGAUUGACAAAAAUCCUUCCAAAUCCUCACCAGACGUCUCAAAACCCACUAACCUACUCCCAGACCAGUUUCCCCACAACAACAAUCCAAAACCAGCAGCCUUAAUCAGUAGCGAAAAUCCAAAAUCUGUGAAUUUACCCCAGAACAAAGAUUCAAAACCUGGCGUCGCAAUGCGAAUUCCAGCAUCCGGCCUACCGAUCCAAAGAGGCAGUCACAGACACAGCAGUCCUGCCCUUUUGACACAUGGCAGUGCUACGUUGCCAAGUGCUUCUUCAGCCUUGCCUUCAGAGGAAACGCAUGUUGUCCGUUCGAUGAGUAUGUCUGAGUCUCGGCCUCGUCAAAACAGUUCCAAGAUCCAGCGAAGAUACACCACCUCAGCCAUGUCUUAUAACCGCUUUAAGGUUCUGGCAAAUUUGCCAGAAGAUGAUUCAGAGCCGUUGCUGUGAAUGAGAACAAAGAAAAACUGUGAUCCGUUGUUUUUGCAAGCGUAAAAAGACCUGCUAGUGUGUAUAGACGGGUGUAGACGUUUAAAACAAACAGUCUCUGCACACUUAAAGUGAUUGAGGUUUCUGGUCUUCAAACCUUGUGUGAUCCUAGAUUGAGAUCUAAGUUUCAAGUUCCACAUCAACGACAUAAUGAAACUAGAAAAGCACUCAGAGUGCAGACCUCCGCCAAGUAGGUGAUAUUCCCCCCCCGCAUCAGAUUUUGCA